AUGGAAACACUCAACCUAACAGUGGUGAGUGAAUUUAUUCUCCUGGGAAUCACAGACCGCCCAGAACUGCAGGCUCCAUUAUUUGGACUGUUCCUCAUCAUCUAUGUGAUCUCACUAUUGGGCAACUUGGGCAUGAUCAUCCUCACCAAGGUGGACUCCAGGCUGAAAACCCCCAUGUACUAUUUCCUCCGACACCUGGCUCUUACAGAUCUUGGUUAUUCCACAGCUGUGGGACCGAAGAUGUUAGUAAAUUUUGUGGUGGAACAAAAUACCAUCUCCUAUUAUUUGUGUGCCACACAGCUAGCAUUUUUUCUCGUGUUCAUUGUUUGUGAACUUUUCAUUCUGUCAGCGAUGUCAUACGACCGCUACGUGGCCAUCUGUAACCCUCUGCUCUACACUGUCAUCAUGUCACAAAGGGUGUGUCUGGUGCUGGUAGCAAUCCCCUAUCUCUACAGUACAUUUGUUUCACUCCUAGUCACCGUCAAGAUUUUCACUUCACCUUUCUGUGGCUGCAAUGUUGUCAGUUAUUUCUACUGUGACAGUCUCCCUUUGUUAUCUUUGCUCUGCUCAGAAACACAUGAAAUUGAACUGAUAAUUCUAAUCUUUGCAGCUUUGGAUUUGAUUUCAUCUCUUGUGAUAGUCCUUGUGUCUUACCUGCUCAUUCUCCUAGCCAUUCUCAGGAUGAAGUCCUCUGAGGGCAGACGGAAGGCUUUCUCUACCUGUGGAUCCCACCUGACCAUGGUCACAGUGUUCUAUGGGACUUUGAUAUUUAUGUAUGUGCAGCCCAAGUCCAGUCAUUCCUUUGACAUUGACAAAGUGGCUUCUCUAUUUUACACCUUGGUCAUCCCCAUGUUGAAUCCUUUGAUCUACAGUUUGAGGAACAAAGAUGUAAAAUAUGCCCUACAGAAGACACUGAGUAACUUAUGCAACAUUUUUUCUUCAAAGUUGAGUACAAUAUAA